AGUCACAGACGACGGAGCAUUCGCAUCUGAUCAAACUUUGAAUCAAAGCAGAUCAGAGUGUUUUGGGAUGGUAUGUCUUUCUAUGUUGACGAAGAAGCUUGGAACAAGAUGAAAAGGGGACGAUCAAAGUGUCAGAGCUUCAGAAACAAGAGGCACAGGAGUGUCCCGCCAGCAUGUGUCCAGACGGGGUCACAGAGAGCCCCAGAGGAGACGUGGGGCAGCCUGCCACACCACGUGGUCCUGCACAUAUUCCAGUACCUGUCUCUGGUGGACCGGGCUCGAGCCUCUUCUGUGUGUCGCCGCUGGAACGAGCUCUUUCACAUCCCAGACCUCUGGAGGAGAUUCGAGUUUGAGCUGAAUCAGCCGGCCACAUCAUACCUGAGGUCCACACACCCGGAUCUCAUCCAGCAGAUCAUCAAACAACACGCUCAGCACCUGCAGUACGUCAGCUUCAAGGUUGACAGCUGCACAAAAUCUGCAGAAGCAGCCUGUAACAUCCUCUCACAGCUGGUGAACUGCACCAUUAAAACACUGGGUCUGAUUUCCACAGCACGGCCGAGCUUCAUGGACGUACCCCAGUCGCACUUUGUCUCAGCUCUGACGGUGGUGUUUGUGAAUUCCAAGUCCCUAUCUUCUAUAAAAAUUGAUGACACACUGGUUGAUGACCCUUCCCUAACCAACAACAGUGACACGCUCAAGCUGCUGAAGAUGAGCAGCUGUCCUCAUGUGUCUCCUGCAGGCAUCCUACGUGUGGCCGAUCAGUGUCAUGGCCUGCGCGAACUGGCUCUGAACUACCACCUACUGAGCGACGAGCUUCUGCUGGCGCUGUCCUCCGAGAAACACGUCCACCUGGAGCACCUGCGCAUUGACGUGGUGAGCGAGAACCCUGGCCAAACGCAGUUCCACUCCAUCAAGAAGAGCAGCUGGGACGCCCUCAUCCGCCACUCGCCCCAGGUCAACAUCGUCAUGUACUUCUUCCUCUACGAGGAGGAGUUCGAGCCCUUCUUCUGUGAGGAGACACCCGUCACUCACCUGUACUUCGGCCAGGCUGUCAGUAAAGACAUGCUGGGGCGCAUCGGGCUGAACUGUCCACGUCUCGUGGAGCUGGUGGUGUGCGCUAAUGGGCUGGAACCGCUGGACGAAGAGCUGAUCCGCAUCGCUGAACGCUGCAAGAGCCUGACGGCCAUCGGCUUGGGCGAGUGUGAGGUCACCUGCAGCGGCUUCAUGGAGUUCGUGAAGAUGUGCGGCGGCCGCUUGAGCCAGCUGUCCAUCAUGGAGGAGGUGCUCAUCCCCGACAACACCUACAACAUCGAGCAGAUCCACAGCGAGGUCUCCAAACAUUUGGGCAGGAUUUGGUUUCCUGAUAUGAUGCCCAUUUGGUAGAAACGCAGCCGAUACGUCAAAACAAUUCCACUUUAGACAGUGUUGCCAAGUCUGUGGUUUUUCCGUGGAACUGGGCUACAGGGGACCCCUUCUGAAUUUAUAGUGGACUAGUUUUGGGUAGCAAUUGGGUGUUUGUUUUUUCGAAAACCUGGCAACCUUGACUCUAGUCUGCAAAGCCAUUGGA